AUGACCAACACAAAGACCGUCCGCGUCCCCCAUCUCGGGGGUAUCGAUGCGGCUUACCAGAUGCCUCGGGAAUAUGACCCCAGCAAGCCCACGGUGGUGUUGAUCAAUGCUUUUACUACCUCAUCUGAGCUCUACCGCGAUCAGUUCGACGAUGAGGAACUUGCAGGAGCUGUGAAUCUCAUUGCGAUCGAGCUUUUGGGCCACGGGCAAACUCGUACCGAGCGUCAGCAUUGGACCUACUGGGACACCGCAGAGAUGAAUUUGCAGGUUCUGGAUGCGUUGAACGUCGAUCGUGCUUUUAUCCUUGGUACAAGUCAGGGUGGUUGGGUUACUGUGCAGAUGGCUCUACUGCGACCGGAAAAGAUUCAAGGCAUCAUCCCUAUGGGCACGUCUAUGGAUAGCGAAUCCGAGCGCUCGCGAAAGCUGAAUUGCUGGGAUGGCCCGUCCAUCGUUGCAAGCUUUGUGAAACAGUGGGCCAACUCCGAGCCCACGUCGAACUUUGAACCAGACGAUGCGUAUUGCAACGCUACCAUUGGCAUCGGUCUGAACGAGGUUUCCCCCGAGGUUCAAGAAUUCUGGACGAAAACGAUCAAGGCAAAUUAUCAAGGAGAGGCAGGCCGCCAACGAAUCCGCAUGGCUGCCAUCAACCUGGCCGAGCGAGGAGGAUUGCAUCUUCGCCUGCCGGACGUGCGUUGUCCGGUUUUGUGGCUACACGGUACCCGAGAUGCCGUGUACUCGCUCGCGAAUGCCGAAGAGGAGAUUCAGUUGUUCACUUCGUCUCCGUCUGCAGAUCUGGUGCCGAUUGAAGGUGGCGCGCACUUCCUGAGUGCCUCUCGUCCGCGCGAGGUGAAUGCGGCAUUGUUGCAAUUUGUGAAGACUCAUCAAUGA